GUCCGUUCAUAUUGCCACGAACAUUGGCACAGAGAAAUGGGCGAAAGACAUUUUGCCAACGGCCGAAGUAUCACCCGAAGAUAAGGGAGGCAUUACGCAAGCACUGAAAGACGAAAUGAUGCUGUAUGUCAAGGGCAAGCAGACGAAGCCCGUAGCGGACAUCAACGGCAUUCCGCUUGCAACGGACGCCGACUGCCGGGAUCUGACCGCUAAUUUGCGGCGCCGAGUCGUUAAUAACCUCGUUGAGAUUGAUCUUUCAUCAGUAGUGCAUGGUUGCCACAACCUGACACGGACUGUGGAUCCUUUUUAUUGCAAGAACAAGCAGGUGGAGCUGGAGAAUCGCGGCUAUGUGGAAUUGGAUUGGACGAUUUGGUUGCACUGUGAUUUACCUAACGCGGAAACCUGGGAGGAAGUUCAGUAUGCCAUCACCCAUAAUGGGCUUAAACUGUCGAUUAUUAGUGGUUCGCAGCGCGUUGCGAUGGCACGAAAUCUGGGAAAACAUAGUCUGCCGGCCCGCGUGUUUCUCAACUGCUCUCGCAUGGAAUUGAUCGAGCUGAUGGGUCAAGUUGUAAUGACCGAGCAGCAGGAACCACUAGCCCGCCGAGUAACUUGGCUCUGGCGGAUUAUGCGCCCACUAAUCAACGAAAUUGUCGCCCACAAAGUCGCUGGGCUUGACAUCGUGCCAACACCGGAUGGUUAUCCCAAGCGUGACGCCGGAUACGAUGAAGAAUACCCUGCCCUGAUGAAGGACGGUAUAAUCUAUACGUUCCAAGCAUACAACGACCGAAAAUCCUUCCAUUUCCACCUGGCGCGAAUCCUCCCGAAAUACUUUAGCAGGGAGCUGGUGGCCAAAAGUUACCAAGGCAAAGAUCGCAAAAAAUCUACACUUGUUAACGGCAUAAAUGCCAUGGCAAAGUUCCUCUGCUUCCCACCGGCAAUGGAGCGCGAGUUUUAUCAGUUGUGCGACAUGAUUGAUUCCGGAGAAGUUGACAUUACAACCUUGCCUUACAAGACAAAGCAAGCAGAUUCGCUGAGCAAGGUGUUUGAAAUGAAUUUUGGCAUUCCGACAAUGGAGAAGUGGUUGGAAGUUGAUUGGCAUCUGCUGGAGAGGGGCGUAACUAAAUGGCACAUGUUCUUUAUUCGUCUCGCGGUUUCCAUGGAUAGGUCAAAAGAUGGUGGAGUAGCUGCGGCCAGUCACCUCACACCAAAGCACCACAUCGUCAAUUACUUACUUGUUCAUCUUGGUAUUCCCGUCGGUGUUAUUCCGUUGGGAGGCGAGACGACCCUGGAAGACAAGCAAGCGCGCGCGCGAAUUGAAGCUUGUUAUGCUUCUGCGGAACACCGAGAGGCAUGCAGAUUGUUCCUUGAGCUUUAUCCCCAAUUUGCCAAUGAGCACUAUACACGGUCAAAAGAUCCUACUGCCCGUGUGGAAAUCCCCCCGAAUUAUGCCACCGAUUUGGACAUCCCGAAGAAGCGGAAGCGUGGUGGUGGCGGUGGUGGUGCUCGAGGAAAAAAGAACGGUGCUAAGGGCAGUGGCAAAAAGAGCGGCGUGGGGAAGAAGAAGACGAAGAAAGCCACGGCUGCAUCCGGCAGUGACGGCGGCGAGGACGCUGACGACGUCGAAGACGAUGGUAAUGACCAAGUCGCGGCUGACAGUGAAGGUGGCAGUGAUGAAGAUGAAAGUAUGAACGUGGACGAGCAUGAAGAUGAGGAUGGCAUCCAGUAUUUGGGACGAUUCGAAAAAUUUGAACCGUUGGCUGAAACUACCCGCAGCAAGAAAAAACAGCAAGCGCGCAAGUCAACACCUUUGUGCGCGCUACGUGAUGCGGCCGUGCAGUUGACGGACGCGUAUGUUGAUGCGCUGUGGAAAGGAUUCGAUAGAUGCGUUCAGGGACAGUUUUAUGUCGCCGAGUCCAGCCUUGAUCACGAGCUGACGUUGCUGCGCAUUAUGACCAAGCUUCCUACGACCACCGAGCGUCCUUUCGGCGUCAGGGCUGUGAAGUAUGGCGCGUUCCAAGUGGAUAAAGCGGAAUACAAAGAAACGGAAAAGUUUGCCGAAUUCGACUUUAAGAUCCUCCAUCCAUUGCCCAGUCAUCUGCACCAAUCUGCCGGAAAACGCAGAAUUGUCCUGCAGAUUAAGCCUGACAAAUGUGUGAGACAGGGACUGGAGGAAUUCGUCAAGAAAGCAUUUACUGCCGCGGCCUGCGAGAAAUUCAUGGAGUAGAAGGAGAAGAUACUUGCGGUUCGUAGUGGCUACGUGUGUUAUUGCGUUUGGAAGAACUUGCUCGCUGACCAUGAUGGAUUUUGUUUGCAUUUCUGUUUUUGCUGCUAUGUUAGAUCUCUGAUUAACUGCUGCUGAUAUACUACUGUAUGAAGGAAAUAGCGAUCUUUUGUAGGUUCAUAAGCGUCCAGCUCGUUGUUAUGAUCAUUCCACUUAGUACUGUUGGGGAUUUGUUACUUUAUUUUUGCUCAAUCUACCGGAACCAAAAUGAGUGUCACGUUACAUGCUGCAAUGUUUUUUAAA